UUCUGGUGGACAAAACAUAACGAGAACCGUUACUAACGUGGGCAGCUCUAAAACUACAAAAAAACUCUUCAACCACCAUUUCUUCUUCGAUGCCCGAGUUUGUUUACGCUACUCAAACCCACAUCCAUCUCAUCAAUUCCUGACAAUGGCGUUGUCCACGUCCCCUAGUUUCAUCCACCUGUACCCUAACCGUUACAGAAACUCAGUUGUAGCGCGAAAUUCCAACGGUAACGUCAGUGUCAAGACAUCUUCUCCAGGGAAGACAGAAGAAGCAGAUAUUGUAGUGAUUGGGAGUGGAAUUGGUGGACUGUGCUGUGGUGGGCUUUUGGCUAGAUACCAACAGGACGUUGUCGUUUUAGAAAGUCACGAUCUUCCCGGUGGAGCUGCUCAUUCUUUUGAGAUUAAUGGUUAUAAAUUUGAUUCGGGUCCGUCUUUGUUUUCUGGGUUUCAAUCUCGAGGUCUUCAGGCUAAUCCUCUUGCUCAGGUUUUGGAUGCACUAGGUGAGUCUCUUCCAUGUGUGAACUAUGACUCUUGGAUGGUCUAUGUACCUGAAGGUGAAUUCUUGUCAAGGAUUGGUCCCACAGAAUUUUACAAGGAUCUUGAGAAGUAUGCAGGGCCUAAUGCAGUACAAGAGUGGAAAAAACUUCUUGAUACAAUACUUCCACUGUCUUCAGCUGCAAUGGCUCUACCACCUUUAUCGAUCCGAGGUGAUCUCGGUGUCAUCUCUACUGCUGCUGCUAGAUAUGCUCCUUCCUUGCUAAAAUCUUUUCUUCAGAUGGGACCUCAAGGAGCCUUAGGAGCUACAAAGCUUCUUAGGCCUUUCUCAGAAAUCGUUGAUUCGCUAGAGCUAAAAGACCCUUUCAUACGCAACUGGAUCGAUCUUUUGGCGUUCCUUCUUGCAGGAGUGAAAUCUAAUGGUAUACUCUCAGCAGAGAUGAUUUACAUGUUUGCAGAAUGGUAUAAGCCAGGCUGCUCUCUUGAUUACCCUUUACAUGGAAGUGGUGCUAUUGUUGAUGCUCUUGUCCGAGGAUUACAAAAGUUCGGCGGACGCAUUUCUUUAAGAAGUCACGUCGAAAAGAUUGCUGUCGAAAACAAUAAAGCAAUUGGUGUUGAGUUGAGAAAUGGUAAAUUUAUACGUGCUAGAAAGGCUGUGAUCAGCAAUGCAUCUAUGUGGGAUACUUUGAAUCUGUUACCUAAGGAAGUUCUUCCAAAAUCAUAUGUAGACAGAGUCAACACAACGCCACAAUGUGAAUCUUUUAUGCAUCUCCAUUUGGGCUUCGAUGCAGAGGGCAUACGCGAGGACUUAGGGAUCCAUCACAUAGUUGUGAAUGACUGGAACAGAGGAGUUGAUGCAGAUCAGAAUGUUGUUUUAAUAUCUAUUCCUAGUGUACUCAGUCCAGAUUUGGCACCCUCUGGAAAACAUGUUUUACAUGCUUAUACACCAGGGACUGAGCCUUUUGAGCUGUGGGAAGGACUCGAUCGGAAAAGUUCCGAAUACAAACAGCUCAAAGCUGAACGAUCCGAGGUAAUGUGGAAGGCAGUCGAGCGUGCAAUUGGUCCAGGAUUCAGUCGAGAGAAGUGUGAGGUGAAGUUGGUCGGAACUCCGUUGACACAUCGGAGAUUUCUUCGGAGAAAUAGAGGAACUUACGGAGCAGCUAUAGAAGCCGGAAAGAAUAGUUUUCCUGGACAUUCAAGUCCUAUAUCACAGCUUUAUUGCUGUGGUGAUUCAACUUUUCCGGGCAUUGGGGUCCCUGCUGUUGCUGCUAGUGGGGCUAUUGUUGCUAACUCACUAGUUUCUGUCUCUCAACAUUCUCAGCUUCUUGAUGCUAUUGGCAUUUAAACUCAUUGGUGAGUUUUAUCACUUUUUUAUUUCUUGAAAUUUUCUUGAUGAAUUGCUUGUAUACCCUUUUUGUUAGCUUCAAAGCAAAUAAAUUAUGAAGCGUUUUUUGCAA